AUGAUGGAGGAGAUCGACCGGUUCCAGGUGCCCACCGCGCACUCGGAGAUGCAGCCGCUGGACCCAGCCGCCGCCUCCAUCUCAGACGGAGACUGUGACGCCCGGGAGGGUGAGUCAGUAGCCAUGAAUUACAAACCAUCCCCGCUCCAAGUGAAGCUGGAGAAGCAGCGGGAGCUGGCCCGGAAGGGCUCCCUGAAGAACGGCAGCAUGGGCAGCCCCGUCAACCAGCAACCCAAGAAGAACAACGUCAUGGCCCGGACAAGGCUGGUCGUCCCAAAUAAAGGCUACUCCUCGCUUGACCAGAGCCCGGAUGAGAAGCCACUGGUAGCCCUUGACACAGACAGUGAUGAUGACUUUGACAUGUCCAGAUACUCCUCCUCUGGCUACUCCUCCGCUGAGCAGAUCAACCAAGAUUUGAACAUCCAGCUGCUGAAGGACGGCUACCGGUUAGAUGAGAUCCCCGACGACGAGGACCUGGACCUCAUUCCCCCCAAGUCCGUGAACCCCACCUGCAUGUGCUGCCAGGCCACGUCCUCCACCGCCUGCCACAUCCAGUAG